AUGUUAUGGAUAAUCUGGUACUGCGGCCUUGGACUUAUUAGUUUGUCCGCCUCACUCGCGGUUGGUAUAGGUACAUGGCUGGCUAGCUAUUACACCAUUCAGAAUCCGGUAAAGAUCAGCGACUAUGCCAUCAACUUUGACUACAAGCCAUUCAUUCAAUUUGAUGCUACAGGUUACAUGUACCGAUCUCCACCACCUGUAGUAUCCCAACAAGAUCACUUAUGGCAAAAACUUAAUGACCCUUUAUCCCCUGCCCCGCCUUUUGGGAAGUUCAUUCUUCAAGAUAUGGACAAGUUGGUUUUCCGCAGCCAAUCUCAUCCCGUGGCAGCUGUUGCAUGGAUUAGUAUAAAUGGGAACAAUACUCUGCCGUACCCCUCGGCCAGUUCUGACUGGUUUGCUAGGAAGACUUCAGAUGAAACCGCGCAAGAUGAUCGCAUUGCCGAGAAGUAUCCUGCCGAUAAUUAUGGCCUCGGAUUUUCGGCAUCAACGACCAGCCAGGGAUCAGCAACGUAUGGGCCUUCAUUAAGCGGAGAGAGCGACAAAAGUGGGAGGUUCGGAACUAACGAUAAUAUGGGAAUCAGAAAUGGGAACAUCAGCCAUGAUGGACGCCAAGAUGGCAGCCGAGAUGGACGCCAAGAUGGCAGCCAAGAUGGACUCCGGGGUUAUGGGUUGUCCCGUUACGACUGGUACCGCUAUGGGUGCCGAUAUGGAAGGAUCGCCUGGGUGUUUCUCAGGGAAUGUGUCAUUACACCAGUGAAAGUCGUAUUCCACAUCCUGAGACUAGGACGCAAGUUGCUGCCUGGACGUAAGUGGCUUCUGCCAGGAUUCAGAUGGCCGAGGUCUGCAAUAAAUUGGAUAUUCAAAAGCGAGAACGAUGUUGCGGCAGUCCAGCUUCGAAUGGUUUACGACCGGUUCGAGCUUCUGCGGUACAAUACUUUGGCACUGUACACCACGUUGUACAACUCGGAAGGGUCAAUGGUAGUUAGAUUGAACAAGCUGUAUGUACCUAAGCGAAUUAGUCCUUUACAAAAUGCCAUGUGUUCCCUCAAUUUUGUCGUCUCUGAUCUGCUCACGCUUGGCAUACAAGCCUUGGAGCCCUGGGUGCAGAACAUCUUGUCCCUCGGAUGGUGCCAGAGAAGGGUGCUGGCUAGUAUUGACAUCUUGUCUAAGGUACACAGACAAACGCUUACUGAGUCAACGGUACAGCUGAGAAUUGAACCGCAACUUGUGACAGAGCUGAUUAAGACACCAUCAGACUGGGAGGUUGACCUGUUGGAACCAACGCUCAGAAUCAUCACACAUGCAGGCGGACUAACUGGUCUCAUCCAAGACCAUGCAGUGCUGGCUAGUUCAGUGCUGGCUUUGUUCACCGGCACCGGGACACUCGUCUUGGGCAUCAUGCUUUUCCUUAUUCUCCACAAGUGA